UUGUAGUCUAUUCUCUGCCGCAGAAAUGUCGAAUACAUUUAAUUAGGCUUUUUGACGAUUUUUAGCGCUAUCUAUGUAUAUAUUUUCUAUAGUGUAAUGUGUCGUGGGUCCUUUAAGACCAGGGCAGCAGGUUUGGCAGGUGAAUCGGAAGUAAAGACAGGGCAGAGCUGCAGUUGCUUUACCUGCGCCAGGUGAGAGAAGCCAAAAGUCUGAUACUCAGCGUCUUCAGCUCUCGCAAAACAAAGUCCACUUUCGGUAAAAAAUGAACAACCCCAUUCCAUCCAACCUAAAGUCUGAGGCUAAGAAGGCUGCUAAAAUCCUUCGGGAAUUCACAGAGAUUUCCAACAGACAAGGCCCUGACAAACUUAUUCCAGCUCAUGUGAUUGCUAAAGCCCAUGGACUGGCAAUCCUAUCUGUCAUCAAAGCAGGAUUCAUGAUCACUGCUCGAGGGGGAAGUGGUAUAGUGAUUGCUCGUCUUCCUGAUGGAAGAUGGUCAGCUCCCUCAGCCAUUGGCAUCGCUGGUCUCGGUGGAGGCUUUGAGAUUGGGUUGGAGGCGUCUGACUUUGUCAUCAUCUUGAAUCAGCGACGAGCUGUGGAAGCUUUCAGCAAAGGGGGAAACCUCACAUUUGGAGGGAAUUUCACUGUAGCUGUUGGUCCUCUUGGCAGGAAUUUGGAGGCGGAUGUGGCAUUCCGCAGCAUGGCAGCUGUCUUCUCCUACUGCAGGUCGCGUGGCCUCUAUGCUGGAGUUUCUAUCGUUGGCUCCUACCUGAUGGAACGUAAAGAGACUAACAGGAAGUUCUAUUCCCAAGACAUUCGUGCAUCUGCCAUUCUCAAUGGUGAUGUGGAGCCACCUCCAGAAGCCUAUGACCUUUAUGCCAUUUUGGAGGACUACACUGAAAAAUACACCAGUGAUUGGCAGAGCAAAUAUAUGAAUCCUCAUAGGAAGAGUAUAGCCCCAACUAGACCAGCGCCCCCAACCCAGAGAUCAGCUUCUUCCUUCACUACAAGGACUGAAGCUUCUUUUAAAGAAACAAGGCCAGCUCUCUAUCCCAGUCUUCCUAGCUGGGGGUCUGAAAGCUCAGAUGAAGCAUCAGGUGGCGCUCUUGUAGUCACGGCCAUGCAUGCGUUCACUGGGCAGCAGCCCGGUGAUCUGAGCUUUGCUGUGGGUGAUCGCAUCACCGUCAUCACAAAGACCGACUCGCAGUACGACUGGUGGGAGGGAGAGCUGAGAGGACAGGUGGGCAUUUUUCCUGCCAACUUCGUCUCCCUUAACUGACAGCUCAAAAAUCUUUGGGGAUUUUAGGAUCCCUGUUUGCCAGACUCCAACAUGAAGGAUUCUUCUUCUUAUUUUUUUUUUUUAUCAAUAAGCUGGCAUUGCAAAAGGGUCAUAUGUAGUUGAUUAUUCUUACAGUGUUGUGCGGUAGUGGUAUAUCAUAUUGUUUUUCAUGUUUGAGGUUCAAGUCUUAACUAUUGGUUACUGUUUAAAGAAUUAAGCAGGUCAUAUUUUGGGGUUGGUUAUUAUAUACAUAUAUAUUAUGGUUCAUGGUUGUUUUGUAUUGAAUUACAGGGUUUGUUUAAAUAUAUUUAGCAAUUCUCUUACACAAUCAGUGUAAAGCUAACGUAAAGACUUUAGAGGUCUGAUGUCAUGCUAGCUGCUAGUGUUUUUAGAAGGAGUGUUAAGUGAUUGUUCUACGGCCAGUAGCUUCUUCUAGCUUUAUGCACAAGUAUACUUUAAGAUGUACUUUAUGCAUUUAUUCACAUCAUUUAACACUUUAAAUUUCAUAAUUUUUUUUUCUUCUCACAUCAGCUACUGGUAGGCAUGAACAGCACACAAAAUGUACAAACACUUUUAUCAUUUUCUAUUUUCAAGAUGUACUUGAAAUGAGGUUUUUUUUCACAUUAGCUUUGCCAUAUGUGCCUUUAUGAAUAAAAAGUAGAUUACAUUUGCAGAUUACAUUUGCACAAUGAAUGGAUGUUACUGCAUAACUAGUCAAAUGCACAUUGAUCUACUGUUUUUACUACUGAUGAUACAGAUAUUUUUAUACGGGUGGUUCUAAUAAAUAAGAGACAUUUAAA